ACUGCAUGUAUACAUGCUAGAAACUGGGAUGGCAAUGGGUUGUUCAAAAGAAUUUGACCAUUUUUUAUUUAGUUCAUGCAAACACGGAAGAUGGAAUUGUCAUGAUCAGAUUAUAAGGCAAUUAGGAUCGAGCAGUUGGCAGUGAUGAAUCUCACGUCUAUUAAUAUGCUGAGUGGAAACAAUCCAUCCUUUUCUAGGCAUGUGAAAACGAACAUAACCUGAAAAGAUUUUGUUUUUUCCCAAAAAAGAUUACAAGGGGACAAAAGUAACCUUAAUGGUAGCGAACAGCUGAAGACCAAAAUGUAAGAGGACGUUGGGUAUUUACGUCAUCUCGGACAUACUCUUUAUAAAUAUCGAAGAUCAAAUUUUAAUUGGAUUGAGGUUUGGGAUUUCAGAAACCUGAAACCCCAAUCGAUCUAUCAGAGCUCAGUCCUCCAGUCUGGCCAGCUACCAAACAGAGGGAUUUCUUAAAUUUUCUAUAGGCUUAUAUUCUGCAGUUCAACUUCUGUGCAUUAUUGAGGGAUUUUAGCUUCAAGAGCCUGGCUUUGCGCAUCUAAUACUUAGCUACUUUCACAAACCACAGUUUGCAGAUAGUGUGUUUCAAUUUAAAAUAUCCUAAGAUGAGCACCACAGUACAGAAAACUCCCAGAUCUGGGAGACAGUCAUUGUUUUUCCAAGAUUUGGCAUCUCCUGUUUCUGCCAGGAGAGGGAAGUUUUCAAGUCCAGGCCAGGCAGCUGCAGUAUCUGCUCUAUGGCGUGAGAACUUUGCCGGGUCAGAUCUUCCGCCUCCUCCUGUUUACACCUUGGAAGACCGCUCAGAUUUUUCUCCUGAAUCUGGGAUUCCAAAUUACCCAAUGUCUCCAGAAGUCAAAUCGGACCCCAGAACUCCGAUCCAAAGUUCUGGUCAGAAUUUUUUGACUUCAGGGAAAACCAAAUCAGAGACAAGCACUUCUUAUGCCCUGACGGGUCCACAGCAAAACCAACAGAGUUCUGCUGGUUUGAGUUGGUGGUCAUCUGCAAAGAGUGGUAGAGAGCAAGAUGAGAAAGGAAAGAGUUCACCUGUUGAGGGUGUGGUUCAGCCUGGUGCUUUGAUCACACUUCCGCCGCCAAGGGAAGUUGCAAGACCGGAGAUGCAGAGGAGUUGCUCACCCACAUGGAAUCUCAAUGUGGAAGAAUGGGUUACCGUUUAUGGGUUUUCCCCAGCUGAUACAAACCUAGUAUUGAGGGAGUUUGAAAAGUGUGGUGUGAUUUUGAAACAUGUUCCCGGUCCAAGAUAUGCCAACUGGAUGCACAUUCUGUAUCAGAAUCAAUUUGAUGCUCAGAAGGCUCUCAGCAAAAAUGGCAUGCAAAUUAAUGGGGUACUAAUUGUUGGUGUCAAGACAUUGGAUCCGAUGCAACGCCAGGCUUUGGAUGAAAGGCUUAGCAAUCAGGGACUCAUGACCUUACCACCUACUUCACCAUCCUCAAAAUCCUUGGACCUGAACACAUCAAAGGCCCUUACUCGUCCUUACCAUCUUCAAAAUGGCAAUACCAGUGCACGGCAGUGCAGAGGGGCCAUUGCUUCCCCAACAAAAUCUUUGGCCUCCAAAAUCAUGGAUUUGAUGUUUGGAGUUUAGGCGGGCCAACAGUCUUUUAGCCAUUUAUGUGCAACGUCGCAGGUAAUUUAACAUACAGAAUAGAGUUUUAGCACUUGUAAGCUUGAAGCACUUUUUUUUUUAGUCCCUCCCAUCGAGAAAUGUUUGGUUUUUUGUUGAAAUGGUGCAAGAUUGAAAGUACCAUUUAGUUCGAGGUUGAUAUCCGACUUAUGCCAUCUGGAAAGUUGUAAUGUGAAAGCAACAAGAUGCCUUAGCAUGUGAAUAUCUGAGGUUGAUUUAUGUGUUUGUGUAUCUUCCUACCAAUGUAGUAGGUUGUUGAAUUGUACAGGCAAAGGGACAAUGAAAUAUAACAUAGGAAAUAUUUGUUUGAAA